GUAUAACAUUUCUUUUUAAUUCUCGUUAUAUUCAUCCCUGCAUGUGAGGUGCUAUAAAUACGUGGUAUGAGUUGAAUAAAAUUGAUUGGAGUUAGUUGAAGACAUGGGUGACUCGGUGAAAUUAACUUAUAGACUUUUACAACGUUCUGAUUUAGAGGUUCUUAAGGAGAUGCAUAAAGAUUUGUUUCCUGUCAGAAUCCUGGAUCCGUCCCUGCAAGGAGUUAGCCUUCAUGUGCUCGCUACCAAUAACGCUGCUAUCGCUUUAUAUAAGAAAUUGUCUUUCAAGCGUGUAUGGACAUUCCUUUUUUAUUAUCCUAACAUCCCCAACGACGAUCCUGGUGAUCAGGGGCGGAAGUAUGUGUUAAUGAGGGUAAGCCCAGGCCUCACCUCAAUAGUUGUUGCUAGUUUAUCUGGCAAUACCUUUGGAAUGGAAGUGCCUUUUGUGUGCUUCACGUCAAGUGGUCGAAGCCCCUCAUGGCUACACCCAAUUUUUUAAAUUUUCGAAGUGCUAUUAUCCUCACCCUUCAAGGAAUUUGUCCUAUUCUAUAUGUGCAUACACUGACCUCCGAUGCCUAGGUCCGCCACUGCAGGUGAUGCAUGCUUAUACGUCCUUUUGCAAGUCUCUCUGUGCAUAGUGGAAAGGUGAAGAAAGACAUUCGGCCUAGUGUUUCAAACUUCAAAUAUAUAUAUAGAAGCAAGCUUCUCGCUAGCUACUAUAUGAAGAAUUCUAUUAGUUUAUAGCUUCCGUAUACUAUAAGUAAACUGCUUGCUUCUAGCAAUUGUAAAUGAAACUCCGAUCGGAAUUUGCAAACAUUAUCUCAUCUCGUUAUAUAUGUAUCUUGCAUUCUUGCUCUUCGUCUUCAUUAAGAUGGUUAGAGACUUAGAAAAGAAAUCAUAUUAAAUUUCAUCAU